AGAGGCACGAUCAUUAAACGGAUUAUCGCAAUGCAGGUUCAUCUCGCCGAGGCGUGAGCUGUGUGCCUGUGUGGGUGUGGGCCUCUGUCCGUUGCUUUUGUCCGCUUGUCCGCCUGUCCGCCUGUCUGCCUGUCCGCUUGAUAGUGUGUGUGUGAGGGCGGCUUCAAUUGGCUUCCUCAGCGGGCUUCCAACCUCCUUCUCAUCCUCCUAUCAUCAACCCACCGCCCACCGAUGCCACUUGGACUACGUGCCUUGUGGAUCCGAUCUCCGUACCUCCGUCUACGUCUACGUCUCCGUCUCCGGACCAAUUGAGUAUACCGCCGCCCGCCAGUUUGUGUCCCACUCGCACUUGCACCUUUUUUGGGGGAAAAAAGAGACUGGGAGGCUGGAGCAUAGAAUAGAAUAGAAAGGAAACGAAAAGGAAAGGAAAAGGCAGGGAAAGGAAAAAGGCAAAAAAGGCAAAGCCAAAGAAAGGAAGAAGAACGAGAGCUACGAGAAAAUCAACACCAGUGAAGUGGGAAGUGACAGAGAUUGAGAUUGAGAUUGAGAUUGAGAUUGCGGUUCAUACAACGGCGCAUCGCAGUUUACGAGUGUCCAUCACCACUACAACACCGAACACCGUGCAGCAAUGGAAGACUAUUGGGGUCUUAGCAGCACUACGGAUAUAAAUUGCACUCAGCCCGCCAUCGAUGACUUCCCCAGAGACCUGUUCUCGGAGGCGCAAAGACAGUCCGGUGCUGUUGUACUUCAUGUUAUAGCCAGUUUAUAUUUAUUCGUAGCCUUAGCCGUAGUGUGUGAUGAGUACUUUGUGCCAGCAGUUGAGAAAAUAUGUGCAGCACUCAACAUGUCCAACGAUGUGGCGGGAGCCACGUUCAUGGCAGCGGCCACCUCCGCUCCGGAACUCUUCGUCAACGUGAUAGGGACCUUCAUCACGGAGGGCGACAUCGGAGUAGGAACGAUUGUGGGAUCGGCCGUCUUUAAUAUCCUGGCGGUGGCCGCCUGUUGCGGCAUAGGAGCUGGAAUGACUAUACCUUUGGACUGGUGGCCUUUGACCCGAGACAGCAUCGCCUAUGGAGUCACAGUGGCCAUUCUGAUUUGUGUAAUGCACGACGAGAGGGUCGAGUGGUAUGAGGCCUUGAUUCUGGUUUCACUGUACGCCGUCUACUUGGCGGUCAUGUAUUUCGACAAGUCUUUCCAAAAAUGCGCCAAAGGUGGCGUGAAGCAGGCGCGCUCGCGCAGCCGGUCCUCCAACUGCAGCAUUCACACAAAGAACAGCAAUGAAAAGGAACCAGAACUCGUUGAAAAUCGCAUUUGCCAGAACAUGGCCAGCAUCCAAUUAAACGGAGGACUCAACAACGACCAGGCCAAAUCCACUGGCGGCACAACUGGCACCACCACCACCUCGAUAACCACCACCAGCACUAGCACCACCACCACCACCCUGUCCACAAUUACCACCACCACGCACAGUGUCGUGGGUGGAUCGGGAAGUGGACCAAGUGCUGCGGGAACUGGAUCUGGAAUUAUAGCACCGAUGGAUACCUUGGCCGAAGUUGAGGCCCAACCAGCUGCGACGACUGGCGAGGAUCGGGAGGAGGAGGGCUACUCCCUGCUGACCUAUCCCAAGGACAAGAGCUGCUUCGCCCAGUUCACCUGGCUGAUAAUCUGGCCGAUCCACCUGCUCUUCCGCAUCGCCAUUCCCGACUGCAAGAAGGCCAAAAACAACAAGAUCUUCCCCCUGACCUUCAUCAUGUGUAUCGUUUGGAUCGGAUCCCUAUCCUAUGUAGUGGCGUGGAUGAUAACGAUUAUUGGUGAUACACUUAAGAUACCCGACUCUGUAAUGGGUAUUACGUUCCUGGCAGCUGGAACCAGUGUACCCGAGGCGGUUUCCAGUGUCAUUGUGGCGAAACGCGGUCAUGGAUCAAUGGGAAUCUGCAAUUCGAUUGGAUCGAAUACGUUUGAUAUUUUAUUGUGUUUGGGAGUACCGUGGCUGAUCAAGGCCGUCUUCUUUCCAAUACAGCCUGGCCAGAAUUAUGUGGCCAUUAACUCGGCCGGACUGGAGUACUCGGCCAUAACCCUGCUGUCCACACUGUUUCUGCUCUACCUGACCUUCUCCACGAACAAAUUUAAGCUGGACAAGAAGGUGGGCACCGCCUGCCUGGUCAUGUAUCUGGUGUUCAUGGUCUUUGCCUCCCUCAUCGAACUCAACGUGUUCUUCCGGGUUAAUCUGCCCACCUGUGGCAGGUCAUGAAUAUCCUGAAAAAAAAUCUCCUGAAAUACCCCCAUAAAGUUCCCUAUACCCCCAUACACUCUAAAAAAAGAAAACAAGUAAUAAGAGAAACAGAAAGAUGUAUACCAUAGAUGCGGAUUAUUUUGUGGAGAAGAGAUACAAACACCUGGAGAGGAUCAGUCGUUUAAUUAAUUAAUAUGUAUUUUCUGUUCUAUUCUAUCUACCUUGAUAGUUGAGUUACGUUAUACGUUAUGCUGUUAUUGUAAUAAUACUUUUUUUUUAUUAUUAUUAUUAUUAUUAAAGUAGACUCUUUUCACCAAAAACCAAAAACCCAAAACCAAAAAAAAAAAAAUGGAGAGAUGCCUGUGGAGAAACCCUAAAAAAAAAAAAAACCAAAUCAAAAACCAAACCAAACAAAUUCAAUAAUGUAUUUAUAUGAUUAAUAUAUGAGAUUUAACAAAGAACAAAAUUUA